AUGGUGAUUGGGGAUUUUAAUGAAGUUUUGCAUCAUGAGGAAAAAUGUGGUGGUUUACCUCGGCCAAACUGGCAGAUAAAUGCUUUUCGGGAUGUGGUUGAUGACUGUUUGCUAAAGGAUUUGGGGUUUAAAGGUAACCAGUUUACAUGGCGAAAUGGGAGAGGAGGUGAGUGGAGUAUUUGUGAGAGACUUGACCGUGUACUGGCAAACCAACCAUGGUGUGAUUUUUUCCCAUCUGCAGGUGUUUCUCAUGGUGUGGCCGCUUAUUCUGAUCACUCUCCCAUUUGGGUGAUUACAGAAGCUGAUAGCGAGCAUGGGCAUUUUAAACGCCCUUUUCGCUUUGAAGACAUGUGGGUGGGGGAAAAGGAUUGUGAUGAUAUUAUUAAAGCCAAUUGGAGGGGUGUAGAAGGGGGUCAUGAUUUGGAUCAGAUUAUUCAUAAUAUUAAGGAGUGUGGGUUUCAAUUGAAUUUGUGGAAUAUGAACUGUUUUGGUAAUGUGCAGAAGCAACUGAAGUUGGCUAGGCAGAAUAUGGAAAUGCUAAAUGUCUCGGAUCCAACAGGAGAAUGCAAAGCUGAUCAUAUCAAGGCUAGAUAA